CAGAGAUUUCUACUUUCAUUUUUAAAAAGCAAACAUGGGCACAAAUCAAGAGCCAAACUGCACGCUGUACGUGCGACAUCUACCAUCUGAAUUAAAUAAAAGUGAAAAGGAAGACUUGCUGACACAUUUUGGUGCCAGUAGAGUUAAAGUGAUGGGGAACAAAGGACCAAUGAGACAUGCAGCAUUUGCCUCAUAUCCUGAUAAUGAAUCAGCUAAAAAGGCAUUAACACAGCUUCACCAGCUGGAAGUUUUGGGAUGUAAACUAGUUGUGGAGUUUGCAAAAAAUGCCCAAAGUGAAAAUUUCCCAUCACAGUUAGAAAAAACAAGAAAAAAGACUGCAGAUGGAAGCAGAGUUCUUCAAGAAACAAAAGAAGAGAAUGCUGAUGAGUAUCUCCCAAUAGAAAAUACAUUUAAAACAUGGAGAAUGGAGUAUCCUAGGAAUCCUAAACUACAUUAUCUGUAUCCUCCUCCGACAGUCUCCAUAGUAACAAAUAUCGCCAAUGCCCUCGCUUCAUAUCCAAAGUUUUAUGUUCAGGUUCUACAUCUAAUGAAUAAGUUGAAUUUGCCUGCCCCCUUUGGUCCUGUCACAUCCACACCUCCAAUUCCGGAUGACAAAGAAGACACACACAUGCUAGGGGCAGAUCAAUUGGAGGCAGAAGAAAUGGAGGUUACAAGUGAAGAGGAAUCUGAAAUAGAAAGUGAUACAGAAAACAAGAGUGUAAGUGUGAAAGAAGGAACUGCAACAAAAAGGCCAAUGAAAAGAAAAUCCAGGUUACCAAAGAAGAGAUUAAAGUUAGCUCCCUUGGUGCCCCAGACGGAGACAGUAUAUGCCAAACCAGUACAGGGGAUAAGUACACAGGAUGUCUUCGAGCAGCCAACAACACAAGUCCAACCCAAAAAGAUUGAACUCAAACUCCCAGAAUUAGUCAACUCCAAAGAGGGAGAAACAGAACAUCCGGAUCUGUUGUCAAUGGUAGAAUCAGCAGAAGAGACAGCAGCAGACGAGACUGGGGAGAGCGGGUUCGGAAAAAUUGAGCCAGUAGAAAAGCCUCCACCAGAAGAGGAAUUGAGAGAAUCAGAUCUACCAUAUACUGUAGACCCCAACAAAUUCUUGUCUCUUGAUGACAUCAAAAAUGGCAAAAUAUCCAAGUCAGAAAUGAAGAAUUUCUCUGUCUUCAAGAAUUAUAAAAGUGGGGAGAUUGCAAGUCGGUUAUACAUCAAGAAUCUUGCCAAACAGACAACAGAACAGGACCUUGUAAAUAUUUACGGAAGUUUUGUCAACUGGGAUAAAGAACUGGAGAAAAACAUAUUUGAUAUCCGUCUGAUGAAGGAAGGAAGAAUGAAAGGGCAGGCAUUUGUCACAUUUUCCAAUGAGACAUCAGCACAUAAAGCUCUCAAGGAAACCAAUGGAUUUGUACUCAAUUCUAAACCUAUGGCAGUGCAAUUUGCAAGAUCUGCAAAAGCAAAGGAGACCAAUGAGAAAUCUACAAAGAAAUGAAUUCACCAAAAGAAUUUUCAUAAAUACUCUCAUAGAGCAGGGAUGCCUUUGGUACCGUUAACAAAGUCAAUUCAGCCGUGCCAUAGAACUAAAUGAACAAUGGCAGAGCCAGUUCACAGCGUUUGUGAGUUGAAGAUAAAUGUACAUGUAUCUAUUCAUUAAUGGAGGCUUUGUGCAUAUUACAAUAACAGUGUGUUUGAACCGAGAGCUGCAGAUGUGAACUUUGAGAUGACAUGCAUUUUGAGUUUCAAGAGCACUCAGGAAGCUUCAAAUAAAGUACUUGAUUACAAAUGCAAUAAGUUGUUAUGUUUUCUCCUCAAAAAGUUAAUUUUGAGUUUUUCUGGCCAAAAUACUAUGCAACAGAGUUUUGCAACUGGAAUAGCAGAAUUUAAAAGGGGAA